AUGUCGGUGACCUUCGUGAGCCCCGCGUCCGCCGGCGCCGCCCGCGGCACGGCGCUGCCGGGCGUCGGAGCCGCCCCGCGGGCCGGUGCCACCGGCAGCUCGGGCGCCGGCAGCGCGGCCGGCCUGGCGGGGGCCUUGUGCCUGGGGGCCUUGGCUUCCAAAGGUUCGGCGGGCGCUCGCACCAAGAGGGGCUCCAAGGUGGUCGCGCAAGCACUGGGCUCCAUCGAUCAGUUCAAGGCCGCCGGGCGCGACCUGAACGACCUGUGUGACCUCGUUCUGUGUCUUUGGACCUCCCGAAGAUCCCUUCGAGAUCGAGACCGACAAGGGGACGAAGCGAAGCCCAAGCACCGGGAGGAAGCAAUCGAUUGGGAGGAAGCGGAAGCACCAAUCGGGGCGCGAAUGACGAUCUUUUGGCGUGAGGAUGUGCUUGGUGUGGGUGGCCAGGGUACUGUCUACUUGUGCCACAAGAGAAGCACGCCCAACGUGAAGCAUGCCGUGAAGACCAUCCCCAUUUGGCGACUGCUCAUGGACCCCUCCUGUGAUCAGAAGAUCGCGGAGAUCCGAAGCUGGGCGGCGAAGACCGUCCGUCAGUCAGACGGGCGACCACCCGCCGCCGGGCGACCACGAAAAGAGACCGAUGUCUUGAUGAAGAUCCAGGGCCAUCCCAACAUCUGCAGCUGCCUCGGUUGCUUCGAUGCUUACCGGCCUGGCACCUCCCAGGCUCAGUACAUCAUGAUCGUCAUGGAGCUCAUUGACGGAGGUGAGUUGGCGGGCUACAUCAAAGAUGGCCAGAACAGCUUGCCCGAGGACGUGGUGAAGAGCGUGGCGAAGCAGACCGCGGCGGGGUUGAAGUUCAUCCACGACAAGGACGUGGUGCAUCGCGACUUGAAGGCGGAGAACAUCUUGGUCUGUGCACAGCAGAUCACUGCCACGACUCCCGUGAAGCUGAUCGACUUCGGCGUGGCCAAGAGCCUGUCGGGCACCAUCGCGCGCAGCUGCGUGGGCACCACCGAGAUCAUGGCGCCGGAGCUGGUGAGUGCCAAGCUGAUGAUCGCCCCGAAGGGCGCCUCCAUGAAGAAGCACGGACCAUACACCUUCAAGAGCCCACAGGAGGGUGUACACAGGGAGGCGUCCCCGGGCUUCGGCAUCGUGACGCAGCGCCCGGAUGGGAAGGGCGCCAUGGUGAACGGCAUCGAGCCCGGAGGCCAGGCUGCCGGCUUCAACGUGGGCGACGGCUGGGCGAUCUCCUCCAUCAACGGCACUGAGAUUUUGGAGAUGCCUUUCGUCAAGGACUUCAACGAGCUGGGCGCCGGAACCAAGGCGGGCGUGACGGCCAUCGCAGAGAUCCUCGGGAACCUGAACGGCCCCUUCACCUGCGAGUUCGUGGAGCUACCAAAGCGAGAGUUCACCAAGUCGGUGGAUCUGUGGAGCCUGGGCGUGACGAUGUACGUGAUGCUCACGGGUGUGAAGCCUUUCACGGAGCCAAGCCCGGUUGAGCGGAGAGUGAGUUGGGUGGGCUGGAGAGUGGUUGAAAGGGGAGAAGGGCUGGGGAGAAGGAGAGAAGGAGCUGGUGAGCUGGUGUGUUUUUUGCACGUUGUUCUUUCACAAAGCUUGGUUGAGCCAAGGAUAUGGGGUUGA